UCAACGUUGCCGCGCAUCUCUGGCUUUUAACGAUCGAUCCAAUAUCCGGCAGGCUUGGUGGUUCUUCUUUACCUUUCUUCCCUGGUCCACCGCACAAACCCCCGUCUAGAGCUUGCGGUUGAGCUUUUGUUUGCCAAGGCCAUGGCAGCGCCGAGCAGUUUUAUGAAGGAGAUGCUUCCUCCUGCUCUGGAUUCUACUUCCCAACCACCAACUCUCUUUGAUGGGACCCCCAGGCUCUAUAUAUGUUACACGUGCCCAUUUGCGCAACGCACCUGGAUUACUAGAAAUUGCAAGGGACAGCAGGAGAAGAUUAAGUUGGUUCCAAUUGAUCUGCAAAAUAGGCCAGCGUGGUACAAGGAGAAGGUUUACCCCCCAAAUAAGGUACCUGCUUUGGAGCAUAAUAAUGAAGUCAAAGGAGAGAGUUUGGAUUUGAUAAAAUAUAUUGAUACUCAUUUUGAUGGCCCUGCAUUGCUUCCUGAUGAUCCUGCAAAGCAGCAGUUUGCUGAGGAGCUAUUCUCUUACACCGAUUCUUUUAACAAAGCUAUGUUCUCAGCAUUACCAUCCAAAGAAGAUGUGGGUGAUGAAUUUGUGUUGUUAGGUGCUGCCCUCGAUAAAAUAGAAGAUGCCCUUUCCAAAUUUGAUGAUGGUCCUUUCUUCCUUGGCCAAUUUAGUCUGGUCGAUAUUGCAUAUGCUCCUUUUAUGGAAAGGUUUCAGAUUCUCUUUUCGGAUGUAAAAAACUAUGACAUCACCAAAGGAAGGCCCAAGCUGGCAUUAUGGAUUGAGGAGUUGAACAAGAUUGAUGCCUACUUACAAACCCGGCAUGAUCCUCAGGACCUACUUGCUAGAACUAAGAAGCGGCUUGGGCAGAUUCCAUGAAGAAUUCCUCUUCUGCAGGUAGCACGCAUUUAACUUUAUGUAUGGUUCAUGGGAGGUGAUUGCAGACGCAGCAGUGUUAUCUUAUAUUUCAGCCUAUGCUUGCUAUAAGGUGUAGCCCUAAGUAUUGCUUGAUAUGGAUGAGACUUUGGUUUGUGCAAAAAGUUUGUUGCCUAUGAUGCAAUCAGUGAUCAGUGUAACAGAUGUGUAUUUUUACUGUGAAAAAGAUUGUGCUUUCUACUAGUUUAGAUUUUGUUUCA